UUAGUUUCUCAGAAACCGUUGUGUUGAGAAGAAGAGAAAAAUGGGGACUCUGAGUAAAGUGUUAUGUCUUGUGCUGCUGUGUUGUGCCGUGGCUGCUGCUGAAGGUACUUUGAAGUACAAGGACCCAAAGCAGCCUUUGGGUGCAAGAAUCAGGGAUCUGAUGAACCGUAUGACUCUCCAGGAGAAGAUUGGUCAGAUGGUUCAGAUCGAACGCAGCGUCGCAACUCCUGAAGUUAUGCAGAAAUACUUCAUUGGGAGUGUCUUGAGUGGAGGAGGAAGUGUGCCUUCGGAAAAGGCGACUCCUGAAACUUGGGUGAACAUGGUCAAUGGGAUUCAAAAGGCGGCUCUUUCCACUCGCCUUGGAAUCCCAAUGAUCUACGGUAUUGAUGCUGUUCACGGUCACAACAAUGUCUACGGUGCCACCAUUUUCCCACACAAUGUAGGCCUUGGAGUCACAAGGGAUCCUAACCUUCUUAAGAGGAUUGGGGAAGCAACCGCGCUUGAAGUUAGAGCGACCGGAAUCCCAUACGCCUUUGCACCUUGUAUUGCAGUAUGUAGGGAUCCAAGAUGGGGAAGAUGCUAUGAGAGCUACAGCGAGGAUUAUAAAAUUGUCCAACAAAUGACUGAGAUUAUACCUGGUUUGCAAGGUGACCUUCCUACCAAGCGUAGGGGUGUUCCCUUUGUCGGUGGAAAGUCAAAAGUCGCGGCUUGUGCUAAACAUUUUGUUGGAGAUGGAGGUACAGUAAGAGGGAUUGACGAGAACAACACAGUGAUUGACUCUAAGGGGCUGUUCGGAAUUCACAUGCCUGCAUAUUACAACGCUGUGAACAAGGGUGUUGCAACAAUCAUGGUGUCUUACUCUGCCUGGAACGGUUUGAGAAUGCAUGCCAACAAGGAACUUGUCACGGGCUUCCUCAAGAACAAGUUGAAGUUCAGAGGGCUGUUCGGAAUUCACAUGCCUGCAUAUUACAACGCUGUGAACAAGGGUGUUGCAACAAUCAUGGUGUCUUACUCUGCCUGGAACGGUUUGAGAAUGCAUGCCAACAAGGAACUUGUCACGGGCUUCCUCAAGAACAAGUUGAAGUUCAGAGGUUUUGUCAUCUCGGAUUGGCAGGGGAUUGAUAGGAUCACGACUCCUCCGCAUCUUAACUAUUCUUACUCUGUUUACGCGGGAAUCAGCGCUGGAAUUGACAUGAUUAUGGUGCCGUACAACUACACUGAGUUCAUAGACGAAAUUAACAGUCAGAUACAGAAAAAGCUUAUUCCGAUAAGCAGGAUCGAUGACGCUGUGAAGAGAAUCUUAAGGGUCAAAUUCACAAUGGGACUCUUUGAGGAACCACUGGCUGAUCUCAGCUUUGCCAACCAGCUUGGUAGUAAGGAACACAGGGAACUAGCUCGUGAAGCCGUGAGGAAAUCUCUAGUGCUGCUCAAGAAUGGUAAGAAAGGGGCUAAACCGCUGCUUCCUCUGCCUAAGAAAACAGGGAAAAUCCUUGUUGCGGGAACACAUGCUGAUAACUUGGGAUAUCAAUGUGGUGGUUGGACUAUCACCUGGCAAGGACUUAAAGGCAACGACCACACUGUUGGUACAACGAUCCUUGCUGCUGUUAAGAGCACAGUGGCUCCAACUACACAAGUCGUCUACAGUGAAAAUCCUGAUGCGAACUUCGUCAAGUCCGGUAAAUUUGACUAUGCCAUUGUGGUUGUUGGCGAGCCACCUUAUGCUGAAAUGUUUGGGGACAGCACGAACCUGACCAUAAGUGAUCCUGGUCCAAGCACAAUCGGGAACGUGUGUGGAUCCAUGAAGUGUGUCGUGGUUGUGGUCUCUGGCCGUCCCGUGGUGAUUCAGCCUUAUGUUUCGACCAUAGAUGCCCUUGUGGCGGCUUGGCUUCCGGGAACAGAAGGUCAAGGAGUGGCUGAUGCUCUCUUUGGUGAUUAUGGGUUCACUGGAAAGUUGGCUAGGACAUGGUUUAAGUCAGUGAAGCAGCUACCGAUGAAUGUUGGCGAUCUGCAUUACGACCCGUUGUACCCCUUCGGUUUCGGCUUGACCACAAAACCAUACAAAAUGUAGACUCAUUUGUAGUUAUUCAGCAAGGAAGAGAAAAAAUAUUGAGGGACACGAGAAAAAUAAUUUCGAUGAACAAUUUUGUGGGUUUGUAAAGCUCAUAUUAAAGUUGAACUUUGAGAUUGUCUGUCUACAAAGCUAGUGUGUUAUAAGAAUCGAUCAAUUCGGUCCA